ACGAUGUGGAAUUUGACCAGCAAUACAAAGAGAUGAAAACCAAAGAAGAGGAAGUACUACGCGACUCUCUUCUUAAACUUUAUCAGGAACUAAAAGGGCAAACUAAAGAAAUAAAAACGGAAGAAGAAACAAGAAAAAAAUUUGAGUUGUUAUUCCCAGAGGCUAUUCGUCGCUCAGUUAAUGAUAAUCGUCAUUCCCGUGCAAUUUACCACAGCAGGCUUCUAAACACUAAAGGACUUCCUUGUCCGCAAAACAAUCAUUCUCAAGAAUGGCAGGCUUCUACUUUUUUAGAAUUGCUAAGAAAUUCCCAAUCAGGCAAUAAAGUUUCUCGAGCUAGCAUAUCUCAACCAGUGGAAAGCAUUAGUGUUUACUUAACCGAGCAAGUAGAAAAUCUUAAUAUUCAAGAAGACUCAACUGAAACUUCCCUCCAAGCCCAAAUUCAAAUUUCUCCAAACGACCAAGAACUUUUACAAGAACUAAGUGAUCGUAUUGAGUGCUCAAAAAUUCAAGAAAAAGAUUCUAAAAUAAUUUCUCUUAAAAUUAGCGAGGAAAAGUUGUUUGUCCAAUUAGAAGACGGGAGAGAAUUAAGCAUUCCUAUUAAUUGA